AUGUCCACGGUGACGCGACGACGCGCGUUCGGCCUCGACGCCGCGCGCGGGACGUCGCCGCGGUACGUCGAUGGGACGACGAUAUGUACCGUCGCCGGUGCCUCGGUGGUGCUGCACGACGCGUCCACGGGACAUCAGCGAUUCGUACCGCCGGCGACGACGCGCGCGGCGAGGAGGAUAUCGGCGACGUGCGCGCACGCUGGGACAUCGACGAUCGCGACGUGCGCGAGCGAUGGAACGGCGACGGUUGAGAUUUCGACGUACGAUUCGCAGACGAUGAAGAGGACGCGGACGCUGCGGCGGGAUACGAAGAGGCACGCUGGGUCGAGGGAGGAGGAAGACGUCGUCUUGGACGGAUUCGCGUUUUCGGACGACGGGGGAAAAUUGGUUGCGUACAGUACAUUGGCGCACGCACUGAUUUGCUGGAACCUGAAUCUCUCGAAUGGAUCGCCGGUCGAGCUUCCACCGCCGAGACGCGUGGGCGCUUCAUCGGAGACUUCCUCUUCGAACGCGCAGGAUUUCAGCUCGCAAAUCACGCACGUGUCGUUCUCUCCGCACGAUCACGACGUUAUCAGCGCGGUGUGUACCGGUGGCACGUUUAAGACGUACAGGGUGACGGAUUCGACGAUAAAGCUUCUCACGGUGAGACCGCUGAAUCAGCUUAUGAAGGAUGAGGGACGCGAAGCGCUCACGCAUGCGUGGUUGAAGGGUAAAGACAAACACGUCGCGAUCGGGACGAGCACGGGUGAAGUCAUCAUUCUCGAUGAAGAUUCGGUCGUGUGUACCGUUGGAGUGUAUCGAGGCGGUGGAUCGAGCGAUGAAAGUGCUCUUCCGGCGGUAAACUUUGAAAAUGGCGUGCGCGUGAGUUGCAUUGCGAUGUACAAGUCUGGAUUCAUCGCCGCAGGCGAUCGAGGCGACGUUGUGAUCGUCACCAGGGUGCCGACGAGAAAACAAUUGCAAAGUGCAGUGCCGUACAAAUGUGUGAAACGUAUCGCCGCGUGCGAGAGCUCGAGUGAUGAUUUAUUUGAUACGACGCCUUCAAACAACUUUCAGACGACUGCGGAAGUUGGUGAUGCGCUGACCGAAGACAUCUGUGCAAACGCGGAGCAAGUCGAUGCUAAAUCGUGCGAGAUCAUGGGCCUUGACGUGUCCCCGACAGGUGAUAGUUUGAUAUGCACCUUGGUCGAUAAACGCGUGUUGUUUCUCUCUUUAACAAACGCAGACAUCAUGCAAGCGAAGGAGAUGAAGUUCAAAUGCGUGCUCACUUAUUCACACUUGGGAAGCGUUUCGUCGAUGGAUAUUUGUCGCGGCCGCGCAAUCAUGCUGAGCGUGAGCGCUUCGGAUAAAUCCAUGAAAGUGUGGAACUUGGCUUCGAACUCGUGCGAGAUAUCGAAAGACUUUCUCGACAAUCCUUUAAGUGUAUCCAUGCAUCCGAGCGGCUGGAUCGCUUGCGUCGGCUUCAGCGACAAACUCCGUCUGAUGCAUAUUUUGAACUGCGAUCUUCGUACAGUAAAAGAGUUUACACUAAAAGCAUGCCGUGUUGUCGAGUUUUCAAAAGGAGGCCAUUUUUUCGCUAGUGCCGUCGGAGCAACCGUUUAUGUGCAUCACACGUUCACGCACGAGUGUAUAGCAGUGUUACGGGGUCACUGUGGAAAAGUUAAAUCGCUUACCUGGGACAGUAACGACGCUAAUUUGAUAUCAUCCGGAGCUGAUGGUGCUAUUUAUGAGUGGGAUAUCAGGGCCGCGAGCAGAGAUGACGAGAAGGCUCGAGUACGUGAGCACGUACGCAAAGGUAGCAUAUACACCUCUAUCGCUACCAUUCGCCACACUGGUGGGAUCGUAGCAUGUUCAAGUGAUGCAAAACUCAGGGAGUUCGACACUGAUUUCAAGGUUACACGAGAAUUUUCGUCUGAAGACGUCGUUCUCACACACGUAGCUUAUAGCGCAUCGGCGCAUGUGCUCCUCGCAGCGACCUCAGCAGGUGGCGUGCGCGCCUACAAAGUUCCUCUCACCGGCGAGUACGCAGAGUAUCAUGGACACUCAAGCAGCAUCACCGCACUCAGACUCAGUCAGGACGGUUUCACGCUGCACACUACGGGAAGUGAUGGAUGUAUAUUUACUUUCGACGUUCGAGACGCGGGGCAUCGCAUCGCUGAAGCGUCCUCGACGCUGAUGAAAUCGGCGGACGGCACCUUGUUCGUGGAUGAGGUGCUCAUCGCACGUGAUGAUCUCGGUGAAUUACAUCAACGCAUAAGCGAACUCCAGACUCACGUGAAAGAAGUUUCACUUCAAGCGCAGUAUCAACUGCGAUUACAGGCGGCGAGUAUGAACGAGAAGCUCAAAUGUCAGGCUGAAGAGGCCGCACGUUCGCUUGAUUAUGAGAAAGAACGCGUUUCUGCUCUACAGCUCGAGAGAGACACUAUUUUGUGCGAAUCGAAGGAUGAACUGAAGAGAACAGUCCAGGACAACGAGAAUAGACUCAUUUCGAUGGAGAACGAGUACACUAGUAAGAUAUUUGCAGAAGUCCGUCGCUUCAACGAGCUGAAAGCUGCUAGCGAUGCGGCCAAGGUUCAAUGUGAUGAACUUAACGCCCAAUGUGCAGCGCAACACGAAGAAUCCGUGGAACAGAUAAAGAAAGAAUUUGCUAUGCGGGUCACACAGCUAAAGGAAGAAAUCGAAAAGCUUGAGAAAGAACGAGAACAAAUGCGAGAGACGUUCGGACGUGCGCGAAAGGUGAUCGAUGAGGAAGUUGACUGUGAAAUAGAGCAGCUUAAAGCGAGCUUCGAAGAGCGUAUUCGGAGGGAGCAUGAAGAUUGCUUAAUUCUGAGAGGCGAGAACGGUGUCGCGAAGACGAAGUAUGCCAUCGUCAGACAGCAUGAAGACGAUCGUUUACGAGAAAUCGAGUCUCUUACUCUCGAAAAGUCGAAUCUGGCAGACAAGGUUGCCGAUCUCGAGCGUGAGGUGCAGCAUUUGCAUGAAACUGUCGACGCACACGAACGAGUGAUCGAGCGCAAGAAUGAACUUCUUGCAAAGGGCUACUCCGAUAUGUCACGAGCUGAUAAAUGUAACACCGCGCUUCUCUCAGAAAUUGCCGCUAUGAAAUCGGAGCUAGUCACGUUGGAGGAUCGAGAAAAUGAGCGUACGAAAGAGAUUGAAACCAUGAAUGAUGAGUUGCAGAGAUAUUACGACUCGAAUUCGGCGCUUGUGCGUCAAGUUCGGGAUAUUAAGUCUCAAAGAGAUGCGUUACAGCGAGACUUGGCUCGCACUCGAAAGCAAACCGCGCAUACCGCUGCGGUCGUGAAACGUUUUCAGCACGAUCUACAUACGUGUGUGGGGAGCAUUCAAGACGCAAAAAGUCUGAAGGAGCGUGUGAAAUCGAUGUACCAUAAGUAUACAGCCGAUGAUACCAUCGAUUGGGCGAGAGAUGAGGCUACUGAAAGCGAGGAAAGACGCCAGAGAGAUCAUCUCGAGAAGACGGUUGCGGCGUUACGACGACAAUUGGAAACAGAAACGGGGGCGAGGCGCUCAGAGUUCCAUCGUAUCAUGCGCGAAAAUCAUUCCCUCAUGGAAGAGUUAGCAUCAGUAAAACGACUUGAGAUGUCUCCGGUUAAACGAAUCGCGAGUUAG